AUGCCGUCGCACGGACGGCUCAUUCUUCAUGGCAUUAUCGGAGCCUGCCUGGUGUUUCAGGAGGCGGCUCAGGCUGACAAAGGCGUCAUGAAGUACCUGUGGCCGAUCCACUUGAGCUCCGUUCCGCUAUCCACGCCUGAUGCGGAGGCUUUCGAGUCCCCCGACUUUCACAAAGAGCUGGCCGAGAUCGGUCUCCGUGGCUUCCAGGAAUACGUCAACAAGACGCUGCCCAAAGAGUUGGAGCUGGAUAAGCCUUUUUCGGAGGCAUUUAUGACAGCAGAUCACUCUCGAGUGAACCUGGGAUUUCGUCGCUGGCAGAAGCGAGUUUUUGCCAUGCAGAACAAGAAGUUAUUUCCAGCGAACUUCGAUGAGGAGGCGCAAGGACUUGGAAUGCUCGACGCGGGAAACGAUGCCGAUUUCCUGUUGAGCAACACGAAGGCCCCCUGGCCCGAAGUGGACUAUGCCUGGCCGGAGCUGUACGAGAACGCGCGCUUUCAGAGGCUUCGUGCCAGAAUCCAGGAAAUUGCCAGGUUGUACCUGAAGCGAUCGGGAUGGGAAAAGGACGAGCUGCCGCAGAGGUUCAAAAUCUUCAUCUGGAUAGAGGUCUUCCAGCCCGGGGAUGCAUUGAGACCAUCCGCCCAUACGGACGGGGGCUAUGCCAUGGGCCGCUACUGGGUGCAGGCGAAGAAGAAUGCCAUGAAGUUCAACUUCGAGGAUCCCCGCGGUAUCAAUCCACCCUUUGGGAAGACACAUUCUCUUCCCAUCAACGUCGGCACCAUGACAAUGUUCCCCAACUGGGCAGCUUGUCCACACUUCGCUCGUUGGCCUGGGAAACCCGCCUCAAGGUUAAAGAGGCCCACUGUCACCUGA